CAUGCUAAUUAUGCAAAUGCGCAGCCGGUGCGGUGGGAUCUGAAGAGCCUCUUUGUACUUUUUCCCUCUUGAGGGGAGAGUCUGGGGGGCGGAGGGGUGGCUGCCUGGGUCAGAGGUAACAGAGAGUAGAAAAGACAGGAGCGCAGCAGAGCAGAGCAGAGCCACUCACUAUGACUUGUGUCAGCAGCUCUGUUCCAGGCAGGGAGCGAUUUUGGAUCCCCGCACAUCCACCCGGCCCUGCCAGAAUGGUUGAGCCCAGCCCUUCAGCUCUGCACCUCCUCUCUGGUGGGGAUGUACGCAUGGCGGACAUCGGCGUCAAAGUGGAACAGGAGGAAUGCGGCGGAGACGGCGGAGCCAAAACCAACUCUGAGCACCCCAGGACUCUGCACGACUGGUCAGCAAAUCAGCCUCUAGAGACGCGCCAGCUGACCCCCCCACUGUCACGCUCCCCUUCAGAGGGCUCUCCAGGAAAGGAGCCGCCUCACAAGCAAAGCCCCAGGGGAGUGAAGGAAGCCAGGAUUCACGAGCGAUCAGAGGGGCCAACCAAAAUUAAGGAAGUAAUGCCGACUAUCGAGAAGCUGCUGAACGCCGACUGGAAGGAGAAACUUCUGGAUAAAAGCUCAGUGGGCGCAGGACAACUAAAAGGCACCCCGGAGUCUCUGGCGGAGAAGGAGCUGCAGCUGCUGAUGAUGAUCAACCAGCUGAGCGGCCUCAGGGAGCAGCUGCUGGGGGCCCACUCAGAGCAGAGGAACAUGGCCGCCCUGCUGCUGGAGAAGCAGCAGCAGCAGAUGGAGCUGGCCCGGCAGCAGCAGGAGCAGAUCGCCAAGCAGCAGCAGCAGCUGAUCCAGCAGCAGCAUAAGAUCAACCUGCUUCAGCAGCAGAUCCAGCAGGUGAACAUGCCCUACGUGAUGAUCCCGGCUUUCCACCCCAACACCCAGACCCUCCCCGUCUCCUCAGAUCCCCCGAUGACAUUGCCUCUGCAGCCCAUCCCCUGCAAGCCGAUCGACUAUCCCAUGCAGCUGCUCCCAAACAGCCACCACACGCCCAUCAAGAGGAGCAGCAGCUCCUUCCGCCAGGAGGUGAGCCAGCCGCUGAACCUGACCUCCAAGCCCAAGGGGAUGGAGCUGGGGAAGACGUCCAGCCCUCUGAGCCUGGAGCUGGGAUCAGUGGGAUCCAUGCAGGGCGCCUACAGACCCAGAGAGGUGUCCCGCAGCCCGCCGCGGCCCGCCCUCAAUUUCCUAGGAGACGGCGACGUGGUCACCCAGGCCAUCCAUGAUGCCCAGCAGCUCUUGAGGAGUCACAGCAACGGAGGGAGAGACAGGGACAGAGAGAGAGACGGUUCUGGAAAAAUGGAUUAUAAAGGUUCUCCUCGUGCGGAAAAAAUAAGUCGCUGUGAGCGCAGUGAAGAGAGGCACGGCGAGGAGCACCUCAGCAGUGACUCUGAGGGGGCCCUGCCCGUCUCUGUUCCUGGCAGCUACUCUGAGACCCGGCCCACUUCCUCUACCGGCCACAUAAAGAGACCCAUGAACGCCUUCAUGGUGUGGGCCAAGGACGAGCGCAGGAGGAUCCUCCAGGCUUUCCCAGACAUGCACAACUCCUCCAUCAGCAAGAUCCUAGGCUCCAGGUGGAAGUCCAUGUCCAACCAGGAGAAGCAGCCGUACUAUGAGGAGCAGGCGAGGCUGAGCAGGCAGCACCUGGAGCGUUACCCCGACUACAAGUACAAGCCCCGACCCAAACGGACCUGCAUUGUGGAGGGCCGAAGGCUGAGGGUGGGCGAGUACAAAGCCAUGAUGAAGAGCCGCAGGCAGGAGCAGAGGGCCACCUACACACACAGCCAAUCAGAGCCGCAGCAGAUCCAGUACUCCCAGAGCGACCAGUACUCGGCCGGCGGCUCCAUCUCCGUCCCAGGCUUACCGUUUCACCCGGCGCUGCUGGAGCGCUACCUGCCGCAGGGCCCGCCCCCCGCCCGCAGGUCCGAGGACCGGGCCACGCCCACCCCACUGCCCAGGGACAGGGAGAGAGAGAGAGAGAGAGAGCGACUGCCCUACAGCGAAGGAGAAGAAAGCGACGUGGGAGAGAGGAGUGAGGGGGAACUGGUGCUGCUCACAGACUGAUUAGGUCGGGCCCGGUGGGCCUCUGGGGGCCCGGUGUGCCUGGUGGGCCGGCAGAACAAGGAGACGGAGAGGAAGACGAACAGAACUUCAGCUUCAGAUGUCGCUCCUGGUUUCGAGGCAAUCAGAAUCCAAAUCCUGGACGACUGAGACGCCACACACACUCGCGCGCACGCACACACACACACUCUGCUUGUACAUUAAUACAAACUCCCCAGUUCCCUCACACAAGUCCUUAUCAGUUCCCUUCCCAGAUGAGUCAUCACCUGCUUAGUGUUUUUUUUCUUUUCUUUUCUUUUAACUGUUGUUAGAAUGUAGAAAGUUAUCAUUUAAUCCCUUCUGCUUCUUGUUUUUCUUCCAUGUUGCCUUUCAUCAAACAAUACGCCUCCCAGGGAUUAGAAUCGCUGCAGGAAACUCCAAAGGAACUGCUCAACUUAGAUUAGCUGCUUUUCACCUGUCAGGCAGCCCAGGAGGCUGGACUGGGUCCGCACCGCCCCCUGUUGGUGGAAGCUAGUCGUUACAAAAGGCAGACAUAAAGGUAGCACUGGACCGUUCACAUCCAACCCGAAACCUCUGACCAAAGAAAAGCCUGAUGACAGCAGGGUGCUUCACAUCAUCAUGUCUGUUUUUAGAGAGGGCUGCUUUGUUCUUUUGUGGGUUUUUUUUUUUGUUUUCUUUGGCCUCCAGAUGUCGAUGCAGUCGUUGGCACAUCUGGAAAAGCCUUCAAAUAAUUUAUUAACCUGUCAUCCCAAAACUCCAGCAUUUAAUUUGAGUACGUUUGUUUGUUGGUGUCCGCUCCCCUGAUGAUUCCUGUCAAACAGAACUAGAGAAUUUUCUAACCCAGAUUGUAAGGCAUCAUAAAGUCCACCAGGAGACUGAAGGGACACAUCUGGUGGACAAAUUAAAGGUUGGAUUUUAAUUUUAAUUUUUUUACCUGAAAUAUUUUAAAUUUGCAAAAAUAAUUUGAUCAUCUGACUCAUCAGUUCGGCAUUAAUUUGUCCUUUUAACAGAUUUUCUAUUAGGAGGACAUUUUAUUUAUGUUCCAGCACCUCCUAGUAUUUAUAAUAAUCAUAAUAAUAAUAAUAAAGAGAAACAUUUUGUUAUUCAUUGGCUCCUCGCCACCGUACAAAAUGCAUAAAAUCAAUUAAAAGAUGCAAUAAUAAAAUCACUUGAACAGGAAGUGCAGAAGGCAUCAGAUAUAAAAGCAGUUUUAAAGAAAUGGGUUUUAAGUUAUGAUUUGAAAUGAGGGAAUGAAUCCAUCAUGAGCUGAUAGUCACAUCCUCCUCUUCCUCCUCCUCCUCUUCCUCCACAUUUCCUCUGUUCUCCUAAAGUGAACUGUGUUUGCUUCAGUUCCCUCUCCGGCUCGGAGGGUUGACCCCCGACCUGUUGCAUAUAUUUGUUUUUUUGCUUUUUAAGUGUUUCUUGAUUGUUGUGUUUAAUCUGUGCAUUUAAAUACAUGUUGUUGUUUUUUUUUCUUGGUGAAACGAUGCUGAAGUUCCUUCGUUCAUCAUCGUUCAUAUUCUCGUUCAGAUCGUCCAGCAGCAAGAAAAACCAUCCCGUGAAUUGAACUGCCUGUCUGAAGUCACUCGACGAACUGUAACUUGGAACUGCAGAGGUGUAAUAUUCAUGAUUUGCUUUGUGAUAGAAAAUAUAUGAGUUACGACAACAGUGGCGCACUAAACAAAAUGGAUUAAGUUGGUUUCCUCGGAGAAAAAUGAGUGAUUGGGAACGCAACCUUUCUGUUGCGUACGAAAGGGAGCUGAACGUAAAUAAACCUGCAUCCAUCUGACGGCGGGAAACACAAAUUGUAAUACGACAGCACUUUCCACUUUAGAGACACUGGUCAUGAUGGGUACACUGGCACCAUAGUUAGUCCUCCUUCCUUUGUCUUGCUGUGUGAUAUUAAGUUUUGUUUUUACAAAUAGGUAUUGGUCAGUUAUUGGUGUGAUGGUAUACAAGGAUUUUUAAAAAAAACUUCUAGCUUCAGAAUUGCAUCAGUUUUACGUCCUAUGAGCUUUUAAUGGGAAAACCGAGGAGUUUUGUUCAUAAAUCACUAGCUAGCUGCAGUAAGACUGCUGCCAACAAGAGAAUCCAUUUAGAAAAGACACAAUGAAUGUUGCUGACAAUAAGGGACGACAAACCAUUACUCUCCUUUUGUUGUAAGGCAAACCAUAACCAGCGACGACCGGUGUGUUUGUUUAAACAGCUAGCUAACCCAACAGAAAGCCCAGCUACACAAGCUAAUAUCAGCAGUAACAAACAAAACCUCAAGAAGUUAGUUAAAUUAUGUUCCUUCCUUGAGAUUUAUAAUGUUUGAUUCCCAGUAAUAUGAUCAUAAGCUACAGUUAGACCCUGAAUUAUUCAUACCUUUUAAAGUAAUGGUAAUGGAUGUUUCUUCUUACUGAAAACAGUGCUAAUGUUUUAGCAUUCUCCACAUUUUACGCGCCUUUUGGCAUCACCUAAUCUUUAGCUCCCUCCACAAAGUUGUGGGGCUUUUUGACUUUAUGUGCUAACUUUGGUAGCAUUAAACUUUAGCAUAGGUCAAGUUGACAAACCGUAGCUUCCUGAAAUGAUUCCUAGCUUUUAUUAAAUUGAAAUUAUUCAAUUAUUCCAGUUUUCUCAAUUCUGGUUCCAGCAAAGAAAUGUACGUUUGAGAAGAAGUUUUAAGAAGUUUGUUUCUUUUAUUUUUUAAAGGUCUAGGUGAAGAAAACGGUUAACUAGCAGCUAACAGUUUAGCUUAUUGAGUUUCACUGGUUGCAUUAAAAUCAACAAAGAAGAAAACCUGGUACUUAAUGUUUUAUUUUGUAAAAGAAAAAAAGUUCUUAUGAAUUUAAAGAUAUAACUUCAUAACUGUGGUGUCUUUGUUCUCAUCAUAUCCUGGCUCUGUGGUAUUUAGAUUAUUUCAAUAAAGAAGUUGUUAGCUCCACCAUUAGCCAACGGCGAGGUCAGUUAAACAAGAAUGGCGAAAAAGUGUCUCAGGCCUAAGCUGGACAUGAAGGUUCAUCAGAAACAUGCUGGUUCUUUUGUGUACAGAGAUCAGAAAUGAGUUAUUUUAUUACAUACUAGAACCACCUGUCAUUACCCUGCUGAUGUAAAUAUAGAAAAACUUUAUUUUGUUUAUAAGAGCUUGUGUAAUUUAAAGGUGUACAUUUCCAUAUGUUUUCAGAGUUUUUGAAAGACAAUAAACUGGUUGUUUUAAUCA